UUCGUGGUUGCGGGGUCGCAGAGCGGCGUCCUCUCAGGCGCUGCUCAAUUGGCCGUGCGGUCAUAAGUUUCCCGGCGGCUGGCGUAGUUCCCACGGAGCGCGGAGGUGCCACAAAUGCCUGGCCAGCGGGGUAGUGAGCGUGAGAACCAACUGAAGGUUAAGCGAUCUCGCGAGCCGCCUCCCGGCUCUCAAAUCACGCUCUCGGCACCGGCUAGGGCGGGCGUGGGAGUGGCCCCUGUGACCUGGGCAGCAAAUGAGGCUACCCCAGGCGGAGCGGAGGCGAUGGGCCUCAUCUCGGGUUAGAGGAGGCGGAGAGCCAUGCCUCUGGAAGACACGAUGAAAAGUUUCUAGAGUAGACGUUGAAAGAAGGCGUAACGCCGACGUGGGGCGCUUUUGGGGCGUCAAUGAGUCAACGAUGCUCACUCACUAUUGAGAAAAACAAGAAGGCCAUCACGGAGUGUUUCGCCCCUCUUCUCUACUGCACUCCCCGGGAUGUAAACAUCAAGAAGAUGGAGACCGAGUUAACCUUUUGGGUCAAGGACGGGCUCAGAUGGGCUAUACUGGAUAAGAAGCUGGCUGCCUCUGUGAACAUCCUGCCCAAGGCAUCCUCAUUGUACUUUUGGAAUGGAGAAAUAGAAGAAGCCACUGAGAUCCUGUUGUUAAUAAAGACAAAGACUUCCAAGGUCCGCAUGCUGUCCAGCUAUGUCAGGUUGGUGCAUCCUUUCGAGAUCCCAGAGGUCUUCAGUGUUCCUAUGGACCAAGGAGAUGUGCACUAUUUGAAGUGGCUGGAGGAGGGCAUGGAGGAGGACUGAGGGGGGCGGCCUUCUGUGGAUCCUGCUGGCUGCCGCUAGUCUUCAUCAGCUGCACUCUGGGGAAAGGAGGCCUCUUUCUGCCUCCCAGCAUCUCUGGAUUCCUUGUUUUUGUCAGCACAGAGGAGCUAAGUAACUUGUAGAGGAUGAAGGGCCGAGGCUCCUGAGGCUAUAAGAGGACGCUGGGCCAAUCGGGCCACGCAAGAACCCAGUGGAGCGUGUCUCUGAGUGCUUCCUGCUUACAGGUGGCCAAGGUGAGGGCAAGGAGGGUGUGUGGGGGACAAGGGGAGGUGGCAGUGAGGGUGAGGUUUGUCAUCGGCAGCAGUCACUGGGCCACCUCAAGUGUCGGGUGGAAUUACUCUCCUGGUUUUCAGAAGGAGAAAUAGACCUGGUGAUCUGUUUACCUAGAAGUGUGUGGGUUGAAGGUCACCUUCUGGAGGAACUGGCAAGCACUUUAUUCAAAAGGAUGGAUUGUGAAUGGCGCAAUUUCAGGGACAAGCAAGAUUAUUUCUCCUAGCUAAGGGGGGCACUUGUUAUUCCUGAGUCCUGAGUAGUGGGUCCGGGAAUGGGCUUCAGGAGUGUGUGUAGGACCGGGGAGAUAUUAGCACUUAGAUACAGCUCAUGGGUUGGGAAUACGUCUUGACCUUCCUAGCCUGAAUGUGACCGGCAUCAGAAGGUUCUGGUGCCUUGCUCAGUGGAGACAGGCUGGCUCAGUGAAGCAUUGAAACUGAGCAUCCUAAAGCAGAAAGAACCCUGGGGAACCUCCAGACCAGUGUUUCUCAGACUUGCCCACAGAGCCCAGAGGUUGACAGAGGUAUGGGGAUUGCCUGCCCUUCUCCACCACCUUCAGCCAGUGCAACAGAACUGUUUAUUUUAAUGUAUUGAGCUCGCAUGAGAUUUGUGGAGCUUUUAAAAAAGUUUUCGUCAAAAGUUAUAAACCAGUGAUUUAAGCCCGUCUCCACUUUAUAGGUUAAGUAGAGGAAAUUGAACUGCACGGAGGUCCAGAAAGGGAGUGGCGUGCUGUUACUAACGGGACAGCCAGGCUGCCUACCCUGUGUCUGGUGCGCUCCUAUCCCUGCUCCUUCCCAGGUGGAAGAGGGCAUGGAAGGCCGAACCCCCAACUCUGAUUCUAAACUUGAUGCUGUUUACUGCCUCUUCCGAAGAGGUUGGAUAAUAUCCCUUUCAGAGAGCCUGCUGCAGCCUAUUCUAAAGGAAGAUUUUUUAGUUCUUCAUCUAUGUGGUAAGUGGGUCUGGCACUUAAAAACAUAUUGCAUUGCCUAAUUCUACCCACUGAUCUGGAGGUAGGUGAUACUAUCUUUAUUCUGUACAUAAGAGGAUAGAUUUAGAGUUCACUGAUUUUUAGGGUCUGCAUGACUCCACCUUGCAUGGUUUGGGCUCUACCACAGUCCUCCCCAAACGGUGCUGUGGAGCUGGGGCCGGGACCUAGACCAAUGUUUCCACGUGGGAUGCCUUCCCAGCAUUUCUCAGGACAUGAACGUGUUUUGAAUCAGGAAUCUCCAGAAAAAUCAGUUCAGGAAAUGAGAAAAAAUCUUAAAAUUAUCUGUGAAUACGGAAGCUUAAAAGCAUAGAGACAUUACUGGUUUGAAGGAAUCCAUCAAAUAAAAAUAUAAGAGCAAGAAACGCCAGCAAGCGGAGCCGAAGGUUAGGAGAAGCAGGGCAGGAGCAUGUCGGAGAGAGAUGGCUACUGUCUAAUGAGUCUUGCUUGUGAUUGUUGUGUCAUAAGUGUUGCAAAUAAAAUACGUUUAUACAAAGUAUACUUUAUACAAAUUCUAUGAGCAGUGUGCCAAGUUAAAAGCUUUCAAAGCAAAAUAAAUUCUUACUUUAGCAUUUUUGACACGUGAUUCUUAUACUGUUCACCUUGCCAGGAUAUUUGAAUGUUACAUGAUUUGAAAACUAUUCAGUAAUGUCCCCUGGUUCCGGGGUUUAAAUAUUCUCUCUAGGCUCCAGUUCUUUGUAAAUACAACUAAGCUUGAUAUUCUUAUUUGUUAAACAUUUUUUUUCCAGAUAUUGAUAACAAUAAGGAAAGAGUAUAAAGAAUGAAGUAUUGCCCUAACCGGUUUGGCUCAGUGGAUAGAGCGUCAGCCUGUGGACUGAAAGGUCCCAGGUUCGAUUCCAGUCAAGGGCAUGUACCUUGGUUGCGGGCAUAUCCCCAGUGGGAGGUGUGCAGGAGGC